GCUAAGAUUCUAUUCUAAAAAUGUCACAGUCACAGUUACAGUUUGUGCAGCAGCCAGCAGCCUCGUAAGGCCUGUGUGUGACUGUGUCCACGGCAUCUGUAUCUCCUUUAUUCAUCUCAUCUCCCAAAACCAGAGCAAAUUAAAAGUCCGUAAGUGUAAUUGGUAGACUAGAUCUAGUUUAAUUUACGGCACUGUUGAUUUCUUUGAACUUUCUGCUACGUUAAAUUGGGAUUGAAGUUGAAGUUGGUCAAAAGUUCAAAACUUACUUUGAGUUUGAGGUGACCACACAAGAUUCUAGUUUUGUCUAAGGUCUGAGUCAGAGACAAGCCAAGAAGUAAGGAGUCUGACCAGGUUGAUGCUGCCCGCCUUUUGUUCCUUCUGUGGUUUUUCGUAGCAGAAGAGGACAUGGCAGCUCAAGAAGACAUCAUGAGUCACUCCCUCAAAGUGGAGGGCACACAUGAGCCUCCGAUCAAUCAAGUUCAAGUAGACGGGGAAGAAGAGCUACAAGAAGAAGAACUAUUGACCCUGACAGACCUUCCAGAAGUUGCUCUCGUACGGGUCAUGGAAUAUCUUAAUCUGAAGGAACGUUAUUACCUGAGUUUGACUUGCCAUCUGUUUUAUGAUUUGUUCAGUCACCCAAAGCUGUGGCAGGCUGCUCACAUUUCUCUGAUGCCGGUCGGUCACGUAGGGAGGAACCGUCUACGAUGGAAGCUGGUAUCUGUGAUGCACCAAACCAUGGGGGAAAUUGUGAAGAGAUUCUCUCACCUCUUCCAGCAUCUGACCCUGCAGAUGUCGGGCUAUGUGCAGAAGUUUGACGCAAACUGUCUCCAGAUGCUAGAGGACUUGAAUAUUGAGUGUCGCCUGGAGAGUCUGACCUUGAUAAUGGGCUCGCUGACUUCCAAGGAUGACAGUGUGAGGAGGGAGGCGGAGAUUUAUUCAAAUAUAAAGGAUAUUCCCUUAGUGGUCGGUUUGGUGAGAAAUGCUGUGAGACUAAAGCAGUUGAAUUUGAUAUCCUGGCCUUUAUUCAAGGAGCUAAGUGAUUCUUCCGAUAUAUUUCAGGCUAUUGUUGAGAACAGCAAGUUGCAGAGUGUGGAGUCUUUCAACUUUUUUUUUCUGAAUAAACGAGAAGGGUCUUGGACCGAGAGGAUUCCACAACUGCCUUCACCAGAGACUGCCACAAGAGUUAUCUCUUCCUUAAUCAACCUUCAGCAUCUGGCCCUGCGCUCUCCCAUGCUCAGUGACGACCUUCUGGUGAUGUUAGCGUCUAGAAGACGCAGGAAGCUUGAGUCUCUUCAGAUUCUAGUGAUGUUCUCCCAUGACUCAAUGUACGUGGACGGUCUAAAGAUACCGGAUAUAUCUUCCUCUGCGUGGGCUGCUCUUAAAACGGCAUCUCCAAAUCUAAAAGUGGAGUGUUUUGUGGUGACGCGGAUGCCGGAAGAACAGCUCAGUCUGAUGUUAAACCAAGAGCUUCCCCUACAUGCCCUGUCCAUUCGCAACUAUGGUCGAUGCGACGGUGUUCUCAUCCGUUCGCUAGCGGAGAAAUUUCACGCAACAUUGCGUAAGUUUGUCAGUUUGUGCGACUCCUCUGACUGUGAUGAGAGCCUUCUGUACUUGGUAGAUCACUGCAAGCAUCUACGUCAUGUCACCUAUCACGGCCAACUGUCACACAGGACUGUGGUCAAAAUAUCUGAGCUGAUCAAGAAAAAAGGUCAAGGAUGGGAAUGUCUAGAGGUUCAGGAAAAGUCGAUCAAAACUGAUGAUGUUGCAGAGGAUGAGGAUGAAGACCUGGCAGUGGCGAGGGACGCAAAAAGUCAGGAGUACUACAUCGUCAGUCUGCGGAGGUGGCACGAGGACGGCGAUGACCGGCAAAAGAAGCUGGACCGCAUGGUGGAAGUCGUGUCUGAAAACUUGGGCUUCGCAUGGCGACCUGUAUGAUUAAGAGUUUUGGAAAUAUCAGUUGUACUUCUGCAAUUAUAAUUAAAAUUUCUGCUGCCCCUGACCUUGAAAGCUCAAGGCUUCCUUCUGGGAACUGAGUGGAGUGAGAUAGAUUGAGCUAUACGUCGUACUGUUGAAACAGUAUCAAGAACAUGUUCAACAUGAAAGGAACAGUCACCUUGUCAAAGAGUGUAGAAUAUAUCACAAAAUGUAUUAGAAUCUCAUGUCUCUGUCGCUAAUUACCAUAUUAUGCCUUUGUAAUCCACUAAAAACUUCAUGAUAACAAUUUCUUCUGCAAAA